CUCUCCACAACUCACUCAUUCCCUCAGCAGCCAGCCAUACGCGCUGCAUGCACCUAUCGGCUCUGGUCAAAAGCCAAAUCGAAGAAGCUCGUUGACCAGAGCCGUCAGGAAGACCAGCAGUUGAUCUAGGAAGUAGUCGCUUUGGCUGCCUAUCCGCUUCACAAUGUCGUCCAGGUAUGUGUUGACGACGUCAAGCAAUUUCUUGACGAGAUCUUCAGUGGCAGCCAGAUGACCGGCGAUCUCAUCCUCGUCAGAUCCCCGGGGCUUGCGAGGCUCGUCUGGGGUGGCUGCCGCCACUUUGGCCUUGAGCUCGUCAACUCGCUUCAGGGUCGCCCUGACCUCAUCCACAAUGCUGCUGCCACGAGGGUGGUCAUCGGACUUCUCUGCAGCUGUCCCCGACACACACACACACACACACGCAACAAAGGUCACAGCAAGUAACGUCGGCCCUCACAGCAAGUGACGUCGGCCCCUCCUCCUUCCUUCCCGCCCUCGCUACAGGACCUACCAUGUUCCUCUGAUGUCUUGCCAAUUGUUGCGAGGAACUCCUCCAAUUGCUUAAUGAUGGCGUCGACGUCGCUGUCUCGGCUCUCUGCCUUCGAUGAGCCACUCGACGGCGCGGCGGCGCAGAGGGGCGCUAGAAGGAGGAUGGUAGCCACCAGGAUGGCGCUUGUCAUGACGUUCUUGUACAUAUCGCUUGCGUCAGCUUGACUCGGUG